AUGGAGCCAGACAGGACUCAGAUAAAGCUUGACCCCAGGUACACAGCAGAUCUUCUGGAAUUGCUGACAACCAAUUACAGCAUCCCCUCCGCCUGCUUCUCUCACGCUCCCACUGCAGCCCAGCUUCUGAGGGCACUGGGCCCUGAGGAAAUUGCCCUGACCGUCAUUAUGACUUUGUUCACCCUGGGCUCGGUCGUCAUCUUCCUGGAGGAUGCUGUCUACCUAUACAAGAAUACCCGUUGCCCCAUCAAGAGGAGGACUCUGCUCUGGGGCAGCUCUGCACCCACGGUGGUGUCUGUGUUCUGCUGUUUUGGUCUCUGGAUCCCUCGUUCCCUCAUGCUCGUGGAAAUGGCCAUAACCUCGUUUUACUCGGUAUGCUUUUACUUGAUGAUGAUGGCCAUGGUGGAAGGCUUUGGUGGGAAGGAGGCAGUACUGAGGACUCUGAAGGACACUCCGAUGAUGAUCCACACAGGUCCCUGCUGCUGCUGUUGCCCCUGCUGCCCUCCACUCAUGCUCACCAGGAAAAAGCUUCAACUGCUGAUGUUAGGCCCAUUCCAGUAUGCCUUCUUCAAGAUAACACUGAGCCUGGUGGGCCUGUUUCUCAUCCCCGAUGGCAUCUAUGACCCAGCAGAUAUUUCGGAGGGGAGCACAGCUCUGUGGAUCAACACUGUGCUUGGUGUGUCCACCCUGUUGGCUCUCUGGGCCCUGGCCAUCAUUUUCCGUCAAGCCAAGAUGCACCUGGGCGAGCAGAAUAUGGGAGCCAAAUUUGCCCUCUUUCAGACACUCCUCAUCCUGACUGCUCUGCAGCCAUCCAUCUUCUCAGUCUUGGCCAGCAGCGGGCAGAUUGCUUGUUCACCUCCCUUUUCUUCUAAAAUCAGGUCUCAAGUGAUGAACUGCCACCUGCUCGUAUUGGAGACUUUUCUAAUGACUGUGCUUACACGUGUGUACUACCGAAGGAAAGACAGUAAGGUUGGAUAUGAGCCUUUCUCUUCCUCAGACCUGGAUUUGACCUCAAAGUCCAAGAUGGAUGGUUUGGACAUUGAAAGAGACUCUACACAUUAAAUGGGCACAGGAUUUCCUCACUGUCCCUCAACCUUGACCAAAUGGAGAUGAAUUCAUUUUCAGCACCAGCUGGCAGAUUACAUUUGACUAAAGGGGCA